AUGGCAAUUGUUGCCAAGUUUCAGGGUCAUGACCUUGUUGGCUCAGUUUAUCAGACGAUUCUUGACGUUUCUUCUAAAAGUUGGGUCAAGUGUGCUAGUCUUGUUUUCUUGACAUGCCAAACUUCUUGUCUGAUUCUGUUAAUGCGUUUUUCACGUACACGCCAAAGCUCUGAAUUAUACUUCGUUUCGACGGUCGUUGUAUGUAGCGAAUUUCUGAAGCUCCUACUAUCGGCGGUUUUAGUGUUACUUCAAGAAGGUAAUAUUCAACGUGGUCUUUCAUUGAUUUACAAUCAGAUUAUUGUCCAGUAUAAAGAUGCAGCUCAAAUUCUUAUUCCUUCAACUCUGUAUGUGGUCCAGAAUAAUUUACUUUAUUUCGCUAUUUCACGAUUAAAUGCUGUUUUAUAUCAAAUACUUUAUCAGACUAAAAUUUUCACUACGGCCUUAUUUAUGAUACUACUGUUGAAUCAACGUUUGCGUUCGAUUCAGUGGUUCGCUCUCGUAUUACUCAGUGCAGGCAUCGUGUUAACACAAUUGCCUUCAUCGAAUGACUCAAAACCAAAUGGUGAAUUAUCUUCCAGUUUAUAUGGGUUCGGAGCUAUUUUACUGGCUUCAGUCACCAGUGGAUUUGCUGGAGUUUACCUUGAAAGAGUGUUUAAGGGGACACCAACUUCUAUAUGGAUGCGAAAUCUCCAGUUAGCUCUUUUUGGUGUACCAAUUGGUCUUCUUGGCGUUUUUAUCAAUGAUGCCUCUAAGAUCAACUUGGAAGGAUUUUUCUACGGUUAUACACCCAUUGUUUGGAUUGUUGUUCUCCUUCAAGCAUUCGGUGGACUGGCGAUAGCAUUCGUGAUGAAAUAUGCGGACAAUAUUUUGAAAAGCUUUUCUAUGGGUCUAUCUGUUAUUUUAUCAACGUUUGUAUCUUAUUUUAUCUUUGAUGACUUCACACCAAACAGGUAUUUAUUCAUUGGAUCUACAUUAGUAAUUAGUGCAACAGUACUUUAUGGUCUUCCAGCCAAUCGUUGUAGCUCAGUGUCUGCGACGAGCUCAGAUGCAAAGUUGAACUUCAAUGAAUGCUAG